AUGUCUUCUCCCUUCGAGCUCCCUAUCCGAGGUGGUGGCUCCAGGUCAUCGGCCGCCAGCGAAGACGCCAAAGACAAGGAGAUUGCUGCCUACAAGCUGCGUGUUGCCGAGCUGGAGACUUCGGAGGCAGAUGCUUGGGAGGUGUCCGCGGAGUCAGAGAAGAAGUGCGAAGAGCUCGGAGAAGUAGAAGCGCAGCUCCAGACUGCAACCAGGGAGCUCGUCCAGCAGCGCCAGACUGCAGCCAGGGAGCGCGCCCAGCAGCAGCAGAGGGCAUCCGACAGGCGCCUGGAGAUAGUCCGGGCGGAGUGCGAGGACAGAGUGCGCCGCUCCGAGGCCAAGACCGCCGUCAAGGUCACCGAGAUGGAGGAGAAGAUGGAGGCGAAGGACGAGAGGAUUCGCCAACUGGAGCUGCAAGUCCGUCUGCAGGACCUCCCUCGCGUGCCGCAGUUGACCCUUGGGUCCAGCGCACGCGCCCUGCCGGCGGACUUGCAGAGUCUGGAGGUGAGAAUGAAGGCUCUGAGGGCGCCAGAUGCCGACGUAGAGAUGGAGGAUGUGGAGACGACGGAGCCCGCCAUGAAGAAGAGGAAGAGACCGGGGAGGAUGAAGGCUAUGUGA